UCAGUUUUACGGACCUAGAGUGUCAUACAAAUUCCCAAUAGUAUUUUUAGGGGGCUAAUUGAUAAAACGGAAGUUAUACGUGGGUCACAUUGUAAUUUGCUACUCUUGUUUAAUUCGUUGUGCGGAGACGGAAGAGGAGGCUGCAAAUCGGAUUUGGAGAAACCCUAGAAACCGGCGAGAGAGGUGAAAUCUUUGGAGUCGAGACGAUGAAGAGCGACUGGUUUAACUUGCAUCAGAUUGCGAGAAACUCAUUCAUAGCUACAUCAACCGUGUACGCUUCCACCGAAUUGAACUUUGAUCGAAGAAGCUUCUGCUUUUUUGCACCAGACAGAUCUGGCUUUGUCGUGUUGAAAUCGGAGAAGGAGUUCAACAAUGCCCUCAGCAAAGCUCGAGAUGGAUCUUUGCCUUCGGUCUUCUACUUCACUGCUGCGUGGUGUGGACCUUGUAAGUUUAUUUACUUCUCUGAAACCAAGUUUAGGUUCUGGAUGGGUUUUUUGUUAAUGUGUGACCUUUUAGGCAGGCUUAUCGCUCCUGUAAUGUUGGAGCUCGGUAAGAAAUAUCCUCAUGUUACUACAUACAAGGUCGACAUUGAUGAGGGCGGUCUUUCAAAUGCUCUUGGGAAGUUAAACGUCUCUGCUGUGCCAACAAUGCAAUUCUUCAAAGGGGGCGUCAAGAAAGCAGAGCUUGUAGGUGCAGAUGUAAUUAAGCUCAGGAGUAUCAUGGAACAUCUGUACAAGUGAGAGAGAGAGACUGUCACCUUGUGUUACAUUUUUUUUUGCUGCGCUGCGUCAAAGUAAUGCACCAAGUGAUUACGAACAAGGAAACAAAAAAAAUCUUUGUUGAGAUCGUUAUGGAGAUACUCUCUGUCUCACGGCAUUUAUUUAUCAAUGUACAUAAUUUUGUGAUUUUAUCAAAUAAAUUUCAUUGCUUUGAGCUAUUA